CUGUCAUGGUAUUAUUAUGAAGAUGAAUUGAAGAUAGUAAACAUUCGGAAAAAAAGUGAAGGAAGAAGAAAGGAAACAGAAUGGAAAAAACAGAUUUGGAAUCAGCGAAGAGGUACUUGGAGGAGAAAGGAGAAGCAUCGUUAAAGGUAGAUGAUGAUGAAUUUCCUCCAAAGUUUCUGGAACAUCUAAUCUUGCGUGGCCUACGCUUCGAUGUCAUUGAGCCUGGCCGUGUCAUUUUCACAAUGAACAUACCCCCACGUUUACUCAAUUCAGGUAAGUACUUGCACCUUGGUGCCACGGUUACUCUGGUGGAUGUGGUAGGUUCAAUCGCAAUUCCCGCCGCUGGAUUUCCGUUGGAUACUGGAACUUCCGUUGAGAUCAAUGUCUCAUGCUUGGACGCUGCUUAUCUCCAUGAGGAGAUUGAGAUUGAUGCUAGGGUUCUACGAGUAGGAAAGGCCGUAGCUGUUGUAAGCGUGGAGUUGAGGAAGAAAAAGACGGACCAAGUUUUUGCUCAAGGGCGUCUUACAAAAUAUCUUCCCUUUAGGAGUAAAAUGUGAAUAUGUACAAAUAAUUGUGAAGGAAGCAAACCUGAUAACACUGCUACAUCCCGUUAUUAUUUAUUUUUUUCAAGACCUUUGGAAAUGAACUUGGCUGGCAGUAAUGAAUGUUUUCUAGAGGUUCAAAGGGUGGGUGAUGGCAAGUUAUUUUCCUGACUCUCACUUGUUGUUGUCCCAUCUCUACGACCAAGAGGUACAGCUCAAAAUGACCAUUCACUCUGAAAGAGUUCAUGAAGUUUUAAUUAAUAAUGUUGGAAGCAUGAAUGCAAUCAUUUGUUUCUUUCUACUUACUUGCCUUGGGCAACCAAAAUGAUUGGAUGGAGGAAAGAAAUAGAAGGUUGUUGUUGAUUAAUUGAUUUAGAAAGAAUGAGAUGUGGCAGCAACACAAAGAUGAA